CCGAAGCAGGAGGCCGACACCUUUACGUUGACUCCGACUUGUGAGGAAACUGAUCACAGUGAUGAUGAGACUCCGUUUUUGAAUCCUGACAAAAGUGAGAGUGAAUCAGAGGCAGAUCCUCCAGCUAGCACGUGUACCAGCUCGUUAGAUGAGGAAAUGGACUGUGAGCGUUUUGUGGGACCAGAACCAAACAUCUCUCAUGAAUCUGAUAGCAAAGAUCAGAAAGGAGUAAAACGUAGUUUAACAUCAACCAAGGAGCCACAACAGCAGAUUCUGGCUCCUCCAGGUGAGAAGACAUUUUUGUGCCAAACAUGUGGAAAAUAUUUUCAACAUAAAGAAAACAUGUCUGCCCACGUUAGAACAGCCCACAAGGUUGAUCAACCAUAUUUAUGCAGCACCUGUGGCAAAACAUUCACUAAUGCAUCAUGUUUGAAGAAUCACACAAGAAUCCAUACUGGGGAGAAGCCAUAUUCCUGCAUCACCUGUGGGAAAACAUUCACUCAGGCUGCAAAUUUGAAGACUCAUAUAAGAAUCCAUACUGGGGAGAAGCCAUAUUCCUGCAUCACCUGUGGCAAAACAUUCAAUCAGGCUGCAAGUUUCAGUUCUCAUAUGAGAAUCCAUACUGGGGAGAAGCCAUAUUCCUGCAUCACCUGUGGCAAAACAUUCAAUCAGGCUGCAAGUUUCAGUACUCAUAUGAGAAUCCAUACUGGGGAGAAGCCAUAUUCCUGCAUCACCUGUGGCAAAACAUUCAAUCAGGCUGCAAAUUUGAGGACUCAUAUAAGAAUCCAUACUGGGGAGAAGCCAUAUUUCUGCAUCACCUGUGGCAAAACAUUCACUCAUGCUGCAAGUUUCAGUUCUCAUAUGAGAAUCCAUACUGGGGAGAAGCCAUAUUCGUGCAUCACCUGUGGGAAAACAUUCACUAAUGCAUCACAUUUGAAGAAUCACACAAGAAUCCAUACUGGGGAGAAGCCAUAUUCCUGCAUCACCUGUGGCAAAACAUUCACUAAAUCAUCAAAUUUGAGGACUCAUAUGAGAAUCCAUACUGGGGAGAAGCCAUAUUCCUGCAUCACCUGUGGCAAAACAUUCACUUAUGGAUCAAGUUUGAAGUCUCACACAAGAAUCCAUACUGGGGAGAAGCCAUAUUCCUGCUUCACCUGUGGGAAAACAUUCACUCGGCCAGAAUGUUUGAAGUAUCACACAAGAAUCCAUACGGGGGAGAAGCCAUAUUCCUGCAUCACCUGUGGCAAAACAUUCACUCGGCUACAACAGUUGAAGACUCACACAAGAAUCCAUACUGGGGAGAAGCCUAAUCCUGUAUAAUAUGUGAAAGAUGUUUGUAAUGGUAAAAUAUGUUACAACAUAAUCUUAUGCCAAAAGAGUGAUUAUUGUCUGUGUUGAAGCAAUGUGAGAAGAAAAGGGAAAUCCAAAAGUUGUCUUUUGCAGCUGUGUGAAGGAGGACAGUCAAACCGGCCUUCACCCGAAUGCUCGAACAAAGGAGCUCGGUUACUCCCAUCUUUGCCUUGAUUCGUUUCCUGCUUGAUUUAUAACUUUUCAUCUCUGUUAUCUCACAGGUGGUUUAGAGUUUUAGGUUUCUGUUUCUCUCGUGGCCGCCUACCACCAGAAAUGACCUUCAUGUGUGUGUAUAAGAACUCAGCGUUUUCUCUCCACAGAGCACAGUGAUACGUGCUGUGUAGUUGACCCCCUGCUUGCAAGCAAUAAAUGGACUUUUUGCAACUUUGAUCAUUCAUCAAGACUCUGUUUUAUUAGACAAAUCAUUCUCUUCUACCGGGCUUAUUGAAAUAUUCCACAACAAUUUGGCGUCACAAACAGAAUUCACUGACUGUCCGUCAGGCUCCGGGGGACCAUCUGGAAAAAAAGGCCUUUCCCAGGAUCACCAGCUGAUGAUCCUGCCUCAUCCCUCCUUAGACAAGAGAGAUCGGGCGGAAACCGAAGGAGUCCUGAUUGACGUCACGUGUAUCCAGCAAAAAAAAAAAAUUCUACAAACUUUGGUAAGAAGUUGAAAUUCCAAUUAUAA